CAUUUUAUUGGAGCACCCGGCCCUUUUCGAUUGGGUAAUAGUAUUUGGUGUGUCUGGUGGUUAUAUGACGAAGUAAGGCUACGGUUUAUUUCGUUCAGUGUUCUAGCCUAGUGGAUUUCAUAUGGUUCGUUACAUUGUCUACAUCUACGCAAAAAGCCGGGUUGGACGCGCGGAGCUAACGAUGCUAGCUUGCUGUUAGCCCUGCCACAGUGAGCCAUCAAUCGUCUUCUCCCGUUGUCUGUUCAGAAUACCCAUUUCUUGGUGGAAGUGAGAGCGUGUUGGUGUGUGUUUGUAUAUAUAUGUGUGUGUGAGUGUGUACACGCGUGCAUAUGCAUUUGCUGGUGAGAAGGUGCUUGUCCGUGUGAAUUGUUGAAACGGAAGUGUGUGAGGUACUGUCUGUCUGUCAGUGACUAUGGGUGACAUAAGUGACCUGGACAGACAGAUCGACCAGUUGAGGAGGUGUGAACUUAUUAAGGAGAAUGAGGUCAAAGCUCUGUGUGCCAAAGCCAGGGAGAUUUUGGUAGAAGAGAGCAAUGUUCAGAGGGUGGAUUCCCCAGUCACUGUGUGUGGUGAUAUCCAUGGGCAGUUUUAUGACCUCAAGGAAUUGUUCAGAGUAGGUGGUGAUGUUCCUGAGACAAAUUACCUCUUCAUGGGCGACUUUGUGGAUAGAGGAUUCUACAGUGUGGAGACCUUCCUGUUGCUGCUUGCACUCAAGGUGCGUUAUCCUGACAGAAUCACACUGAUCAGAGGGAACCAUGAGUCUCGGCAAAUCACACAGGUUUACGGCUUUUAUGAUGAGUGCCUGAGGAAGUAUGGCUCUGUGACUGUGUGGAGAUACUGCACCGAGAUCUUUGAUUACCUGUCCCUCUCAGCUAUCAUUGAUGGGAAGAUAUUCUGUGUGCAUGGCGGACUAUCUCCCUCAAUCCAAACUCUGGACCAGAUCAGAACUAUCGACAGGAAGCAGGAGGUUCCACAUGACGGCCCCAUGUGUGAUCUACUGUGGUCUGAUCCAGAGGACACAACAGGAUGGGGUGUGAGUCCCAGGGGUGCAGGGUACCUAUUUGGCAGUGACGUUGUGGCCCAAUUCAAUGCAGCUAAUGACAUUGACAUGAUCUGUAGAGCCCAUCAGCUUGUCAUGGAAGGCUACAAGUGGCAUUUCAAUGAAACUGUACUGACUGUGUGGUCAGCACCAAACUACUGCUAUAGGUGUGGAAAUGUGGCAGCAAUAUUGGAGCUGGAUGAACACCUGCAGAAAGAGUUCAUCAUAUUUGAAGCAGCCCCACAAGAAACCAGAGGAAUCCCCUCCAAAAAGCCAGUGGCUGAUUACUUCCUGUGAUGACUGCUCGGAGGGAAAACGAUCACGACACCCAUAACCUUGGUCACAUUCUCUCCCAUCUUCAUUUCUCAAACUUUUUUUCCAGCUUCUCCUGUGCCAUCCUAGUCUAUAUUCUCUUUUCUAUUUCCCUUGAAAACAUGUAGUGUCCCUUCUGGUCUCUCUCUCUCAUUCACAUGCCUUGUAUUGUCCUCCGACUUGUGCACAGCAUUGCUCUCAGCUGCUGUUGCAAUGCCAUCCACACUGGCAGUAUGAGCCUUGGUAUACACUCCUCCAAUACCCUGCAGCCUCAGUCUUUUUAAAGGAGUGCCCUCUUUAUUAAGGAGUGGUGUGUGUUGUGAAGAAGGCGAACAUGAGAUUUAAGACUCCCACAGUUAAGUGACAGCUGAGGGCCUUGUGAGGUAGGAGGCCAUUUUACACUUGCAUUAUGAUUUUAUUAGACUUUUUUCUAACACUGUUUCUUUUAUAUCUUUCAUUUUUAUUUGUGGCAAAGAAAAUGAGUCUCAGUUUGGUCAAGCUUUCAUUUCUGUCUUUGCCAUUUGACAGAAACUGGUAUUAGUGAAUCAGUCAGAGUAGUAGUUACCAGAUGAACGCUACAGAGGACAGAACCACAAUACUGAUAAUUACCUCUGGCCUUUGUUAGUGAAUUUUAGGUAAGAAAACUAGUUGAAAUGGGAACAGUGCACCAAACUGAAACAUUUUUUGUUGAUUUUCUCCUCUGACCAAUCUGUAGGAUUUGUUGUUGCCUUUUGUUAUUGAUCUGUGAAAAUAAAACUACUUUUUUGUA